AUGGCGAAUCUCAACAUUCGAAAUCUCACCAUCAACCCAAUUGAGCUUAUCGAGGUGGAACGCUUCGAGGGCGAACGCGUCUCGACGGGAAACAUCCUCUCAAACGUGACCAGCAAAGUCACUGGCUUCAUCAAUGCCACCGACUUCAGCUCCCACCAAACCCAUGCCAAAGGCGAUGCGAUCCACAAGGAAAAGGCGUCCGUGAAGAUCGAACCUUUCAAAACCAAAGACACCAACAUUCGAUCCGCCGAUAAGCACAAAGAGGUCGUUCGCCUUACCUUCAAAUAUGAGGACCACAAGUACGAGGUCGACAUUCCGAGCCCGUCGAAGAAGUCUUCUGUUAUGAAGAAGCUCGAUGGCGGUAAGCACGACCUGACAGUUGUCUACACUUCGAAUGGAGCCUUCCUUGCCAUCUUUUCCUCCGCCCGUCUCAACAGCUGGAUGAAAGAGCUUCACGAUGAAUGGCCCCUCCCGCUGCUCUCCAUUCCAGGAACUCACAACUCGCCCACCUGCCACACCGCCCUCCCCUCGGUUCGAUGCCAGGCCGUUGGCGUCCCAGAACAGCUGCGCAAUGGCGUCCGUUUCCUUGACAUCCGUGUCUCCGCGAAUCCCGACAACGACGAACUUGCUCUGGUUCAUAGCGUGUUCCCUAUCUCCUUGACUGGAACCAAGCACUUCAAGGAUAUGCUUGAAGACAUCUACAAGUUCCUUGAUGAGAACCCCAGCGAGACUAUCCUGAUGAGCAUCAAGCGGGAGGGCACUGGAAAGGCAACCGAUGAACAGCUCGGAAAGUACCUCAAGGCCAGCUAUGUCGAUAAGAAGCGGAACCGUUGGUGGACCGAGCCCAAGCUUCCCACUCUCGGCCGCGCACGUGGACGGAUCGUUAUCGUCCGCCGAUUUAACCUAGACAACGAAAUGAAGAAGUCGUGCUGGGACGGGCGAGGCUGGGGCAUCGAUGCGGCUGCUUGGCCUGAUAACUGCGAGGACGGCAAGUGUGGCGGUGGUUUCAUCCGCGUCCAAGACUUUUACGAGAUCACCGAGAGCGACAACAUCGAAAAGAAGAUUGACUACACGCGUCGCCAGCUCGAGCGUGCCGCUGAGCAAAACUUUUUCAUCAGCGGAAUGACUGGCCACAAGGAGGGCGCCGCCAUCCCGCCAUUCUUUGUCAACUUCCUGAGCGCGAGCAACUUUUUCAACGCCACGUGCUGGCCGGAGCGCAUUGCUCAAAAGGUCAACCCAUCUGUGAUUGAGUAUCUGUGCAUACGCCACGGUGAGGAUGGCAUGGGUCCCAAGAAGCUCAAGAUUGGUUCUGCCAGCACUGGUAUUGUUGUCACAGACUGGGUGGGCGCCAACGACGACUGGGAUCUCAUCCGAUGCAUCGUGGGCAUGAACGCGAAGCUGCAGGUCAAGCACUAG